CCAAAAAUUAAAAUUCUGGGUAUUGUACCUGCAUUGUUUCAGUGUUUUCAUUUUCAGAAUGUGAUGUGGAUUGAUAGCUUAAAUGAACAGAUGUUGUCGUUUUCAAGCUCCUCAUUUCUCAGUGUGAAUGAGGAUGUGCCAAUCACUUCUCACUCCCACUCACUGAAUAUCUGAUCUGUGCAGCCUUGUACAAAUUCAUCCCGGGGCCUUUCCCAUCCAAAUUUAGAGAUUGUUUUUGUUGUAGUUGUUUUUUGUUCUGUGACCGUGAUACUCGGGCACAACUGGAAUUUAAAUCAAGCCCUGCUCUUGAUGCCAGCAACUCUGUAUCCCAAACAUUCAAUAGACCAGCCAGUUAUAUAAACAUAAAGCAGGAAUGUCCUAAUGACAUUUACAGAACUAUCAUAUAUUUCCCAGUGAUAUCUCUCUGGUAAAACUUGAACUUAUGAAGGAGUAGGGGGGAACAUGAUUUGUUUAAUUAACAGCUUUAUCGCUGAAAUCCAUGGAGGAGAGUUCAGUUGAUUUCAGUAGAUGCAAAGGCAUCAGAAAUGUUUGAUCUGGCACUCUCUUUCUUCUCACUUUUGGCUUUCUGUGUAAUGUCUCCGUCAUGGCCUUUGAAUGGGCUGUCCCUGUGAAUGUCUGGAGCCGCCCACUCUGUCGUCUGUUUGCCAGAUGUACUGUAUUUCUCUGUGGCCCCCAAAAGGAUUGGAACUGUUGUUAUCCUGUCACUGUAAGAAGAGAACCAGAGAGACACUGAGCGAGAAAGAGAAGAAAAGACCCUAGCAAAUCUUCAGUGGUGAUUUGUUUUGAAGCAAAAGGCUGUUUAUGUUGAUAUUCUCAUAGCAGCAGGAAACUUAGUUUGUUUUUUGGGAUUUACACUUAAAGAAAGACCUGAACCCUUGCUGAAAAAUACGAUGCAAAAACCAAAGGAUGUGAACACACGCGGCACAGCUGUGAGACCUUCUGUGCAGAUUAUGGGUACGAGCGCCAGUGCAACUUCCCAGGCUGCUCCGCUUGCACCUACACACCAGACCGAUCACCAAGGGAACAGCAUGGCCGGGCACAGGCGCUCACUACCGUCGGUGAACAUUCGCAACAGCAAGGCUAAGUCCAUCAUCACAAACAAGGUGGCCCCUGUUGUCAUCACAAAUAACUGCAGAGAAGAGUUUCAGAUUCAUGACAAGAUCCAAUCUUCCAGCUACUCGAAGGGAAGGAUAUCUGACCUGCUGCCCGAGCACUACCUAGUGUUGGGGGAGUUUUUUAUGAUACAGGAUGUAUACAAUGGAGCUGAUGUUUUAAAUACUACAAAAAGCCACGGAGCCCCCAACUUCCGCAAGGUCAAGGGAAACUACCCCCUUUUUGGAAUGGGCCAACCUAGCCUGAAUGGUUUCAAACAGGUUCUCCAGAGACUGCAGAUUGACGGCUGUGAGGAGGUGAUUUUCAUCUGCGUGAGGGAGGAGCCAGUGGUGUUCUUCCGCUCAGAUGGAGACUUUAUUCCGUACACUCCCAGAAGAAGAGAAAACCUCCAUGAAAACCUGCAUGACCUGGACAGAGAGCUCAAUGCAGAGCAAAUAGAGCUCUCCAUUCGAAAAGAGUUGUGUGACUUUGCCAAGCUGAGUGAAAAUAUGUUCUAUGUCUAUAAUGACAUUGAGCAUUUUAAAGAUGAACCUCAGCAUGUUCAGAUUACGUCAGAGGAGGACAUUCAUGUCACAGAGGAGGUCUACAAAAGACCACUUUUCAGUCAACUGUUACACAGAUAUUACAGAUUACCACUUCCUAUGGAAGGGGCACCACUGGAGGAGACAUUUGAUUCUUUUGUUAAUAUACUCCGGGAGACCCCAAACCUCUCUGUGAUCCGGGACAGCUCCAGACCUCUGCCUGCACUUCUCUUCAGCUGCCAGGUGGGGGUAGGACGCACCAAUCUUGGCUUAAUUCUGGGAGCCUUAGUCUUACAUCACCUGCAGGGGGCAUCAAAGAGCCUCAGACAGGAAAUACAGAAGAGUGAACACAAAUUGGAUUUCCAAGUGAUUCAGUUGCUAAUCAGUCGCCUACCUAAAGGCCAACAACUCCUUGAUGAGGUUGAUGAUGCUAUUGCUAUGUGUUCAGAGAUGCAUAACAUAAAAGAUGCUGUGUAUGAAAACAAACUAAAGCUGGAAGGCAUUGGGAAAAACUUCGAGUUUCAAGGAAGCAGCACAAAAGGCUAUUUCCUGCAAAGAACUCUACAGAGUCUCGAGCGCUAUGUGUACCUAGUAGUGUUCAAUGCGUAUCUUCAUGAUCAGUAUCCACAGGCAUUUUCCCAGAGCUUCAGUCAGUGGAUGUGUAUGAACGCUUGGAUCUACAGACUGCUGGCCAGCAUGGAUAGCUCAGAACUCUCAGCACCAGCAAACCUUAUAAGCAAUGGGAUUCGAGUUCUGGUGUCCAGUGAGUUUUUGGCAACGGAUCUGCUCAGUACAGCCAAGGAGAUGAAAGUGGCCAAUUUCAGACGUGUUUCAAAAAUGGCCCUCUAUGGAAUGGGUCAGCCAAACUCUGAGGCUCUUGCUGCUGUGAUGUCCUACCUGACAGACCAGAGGCGAGGGCACUCCACAAUUCUCUGGCUGAAUCUGCAGGAGGAGCUUGCGCUGGAGGCAAAUGGACUAAUGUUUACCCCACGAGAGCCAGGCUGUCUGGAACAGCCUAUUCCCGUCUGUGUUCAACAUCCACAGCAGCUCCAGGACAUGGAGCUGGCACUGAAGCAGGAUGUCCUGAGGUGUGAGAAGUGGCUGGAGGUGAUUACAGAACAGGAUAAACAGAUGAAGAUGUUUAGAAGUUGUCACACCAUCGAGGAACUCUUCGUCCAUCAGAAGAGCAUUCAUCCAGGUCUCAGCUACCACCGGAUUCCCCUGCCUGACUGCUGUGCACCUAAAGAAGAGGAUUUUGACCAGUUGUUGGAGGCCAUGAAGUGUAGUCUGGCUGAAGACCCUACCUGCGCUUUCAUCUUUAACUGUCAUGAUGGGAAAGACCGAACUACUGCAGCUAUGGUCAUUGCCACUCUCACCUUGUGGCACAUUAAUGGCUUUCCUGAGUGUGAAGAAGAUGAGAUUGUAAGUGUUCCAGAUGCCAAGUACACCAAGGGAGAGUUUGAGGUAGUAAUGCAGGUGGUAAGGGUGUUACCUGAUGGCCAUUGUGUGAAGAGAGAAGUGGAUGCUGCUCUAGAUGUUGUUAGUGAGACAAUGACCCCAAUGCAUUUCCAUUUACGGGAAAUCAUCAUAUCCACUUACAGACAGAUUAAGAUGGCUAAAUCGGAGGCUGAUGCUCAGUGGUUGCGGUUAAGGAGCCUACAGUACCUCGAGCGCUACAUUUAUCUCAUCCUGUUUAACUGCUACCUCCAUCUGGAGAAGAAAGACUCCUGGAGGCGAUCCUUCAGCCAGUGGAUGUACCAGGUGGCAGCUAGAGCUGGCAUCUAUACCAUCCUCAACCAGCUGGGCUUUUCUGAGUUUGAGAACCCUGACGACUCUCCGAUGACCAGGCUCCGUUUCCGCUGGCUCCCACACAGUGUCCAGUCUAUUCCCAUGCGAGGGGAACUUAUUUAGAAAUGCACAGUAUGUCGAACUGACUCACAUUUUAUAAAUGUUUUUUUUUAAAUUACAAUUUCUGUCUGACUCAUUAAAUCAAGAAGUGAUUUAAUGCAUCCUGUUAUCUUAUUUACAUUUUUGACCAUCUUUGGCUUGCAGCGUUACGUUUUGCCCACACAAGACAGACAUAGAAGAUUGAUAGCUUAAAAUAAACAACACGUGAAUAUGAAUAAAAGUUAUAAUGCUGACCUUUAAAAGGUACAUUUGCACACCGCGUUAUAUAAAACAUUUAAGUAAUUGAGAUUUUCAUUCAAGUAUGUGGUUAUUAAAUGACUCUUUUUAUAUAUAUUUGUAGAAGAAUUAGCUUCAUUAUAUCAUUACAUAAAAGUAGUGUUUUUGUCCAUUAGGGCCCAUUAAGGAUCAUUUUAUAAUGUCAUUCAGUUAAAUGAGCUAAUAUGAGAGAAAAGAGCACAUGCAGCUUGAAGUUUUAGAUUGAACAAACUGAUGUCAUUUAUUUCCUCUUUCUGCUAUCCCUCGACCAAUAUCAGUCUAAAAAAGGGAAUUAAAAAAGGAAUUAUUGUUAGAAUUAAAAUUUGUUUAAAAUUAGGCCAAUACACUUUCUGAGUUUCGACAGGUUUUAUUUUGCAAUAAUGGCCAACUGACCUACCUGGAUAACGCUAUUGACCAAUCAAAGUAAAGUAUUCCAUGCAUUUAUAAGAAUAAGAAAAUUAGAAUUAAAAUGCAAAAUGUAAUCCCGUACUCUGUGACAUUAAAUUUGAUUAUUCCUUUUUGUCUUUAUUGUCAUUCUUGGACUUUCCUCAUGGAAAGUGUGGUAGAAAUUCCCCCCUCUACUCACCGGACUUAAGUUAACCUAAUCGAUUUCAGCUAGUCGGACGACUUCUCGUCCUCUAUGAACACUAUCACUUGGUAAUAAGGUCUCCAGUGUUCCACUAACCUGCUAGCUAAGCAACUUUUUUUUUGUUUUUUUAUUACUUCAGCUCAUUACUCAGGUCAUUAUAUUUAGACAGCCGCCUAGCCUCCAACUUUAACUAAACUGUUAGUAAAGUGUUUGAGCAAAUGUUAAACCUGCAAGAAAAAGAAAUGUUAGUUAUGAACUUAGAUAUUUAAAAAUUUCUCUUUCACAAAAGGCAGGUACACGGAGAAACAACUCCUAGUCUUUAAGGCACAGAAUGUGUCUCAUUUCUUUUCCCUUAUUUCCAAGCUUAUAUUGCUGAUGUCUGUGUGCAAAGGAUUGUGGACAAGUCAAAAUGAACCCUGCUUGGCUCCCAGGAACAAUAAAGACUGAAAAACCA